AUGGAGUCCAAGAUGGGAUCCCUGCUGCUGGGCCCCGAGUGCGAGAGCCAUGUCCUGGACUUCUUCUCGAUGCCCCCCACCCCGGCCACCUGCUUGCCGGAGAAUGAGACUUCGGAGGAUGAGGAGAAGGGUCUCAAGGCCAGCAGCUCGGUCCUCCCCUCCCGCGGCUCCGUGCUGCACGGCAGCGGCUUGUGCAAGCCCUGCGCCUGGGUUUGGAAGCCCCAGGGCUGCCUCAACGGCCAGGCUUGCUUGCGAUGCCACCUCUGCCCUGCGGGGGAGAUCAAGCGCCGCAAGAAGGAGCCUCUGAAGCGCGCGGAUGAGGAAUCUGAUGAAGACCAAGCCAGCGGCAUUACCCCGCUUUUGUCGCCCUCGAUGUCGAUGCCACCAGUGCCGCCGCCAUCGAGGACGGCGCCUUUGGAGUUCCCUUUGGAGGCCUCGGUGCCCCCGGUCCCCCGCUGGGAAUCCGAGCCCAAAGGCCUCGAGUUGGAGCUGAUGCCGCAGAUGGAAGCCGAUAUCUUGGACGCAGCCAUCGACGAGAUGCCCUCGGUGGGCUCGGUGCUCCACGGCACCGGCAACUGCAAGCCCUGCGCCUGGUUCUGGAAGCCCCAGGGCUGCCGCAACGCCGCGGAGUGCGGGCACUGCCACCUCUGCCCGGCCGGCGAAUCGAAGCACCGGAGGCAGGCGAAGAUGGCCGCCUGGCGGGCGCAGAAUCAGGUGCCCGAGGAGCCGCUUUCCUGGCGGCCACCGCCUGGCUUGGAGCCCCACAACGUCGGCACCCUCGCCUCACUUGGCUCCGCUGAUCACGGCACCGACUGCCUGCCUUGCCCGGCCUCCUUCACCUCUAUGGGCUGCUCCAAGGGAGCGGCCUGCGAGCUUUGCCACCUGUGCGCCAUCGAAGCGAAGGCGGAGGCGAAAGAGAGGAGCCCCAGGAAGAGCUGUAUGUUCUGUGGGCUGCCCGCGUGCUCUUGCCCGCGCAUCCACACGGGCGUGGCAGAGUGCUAUCAAUCACAAGAGUUGAGCACUCAGGAGGUGGCCGCGAUGUCUGAGCUGCCAUCCCUGGGCUCUGUGCUCCAUGCCAAAGGCCACGAUUCCGGCGGGAAAAACCGUGAGAGGGAGUUGCAGCCCUUGCGCCUGGGUGUGGAAGCCGCAGGGCUGCCCCGGACUACUGAGCAGUGCACAGCUCUUGAGAUCUAUGAAGGACGAUUUCCGACUUCCCGGCGAGCAGUGCCGGAGGAAAUCGGCGGAGUUUUGUCGAAAUUCCGCGGGGGCGGCCUGGGAGAUGCCAAAUUCACGAUCAAGCAGGGGCACCGACGAAUUCGCCGGGCCAUGAUUCGCGGCGCGCAACAGGACGUCCCGCGCGCCAUAGGCGGGAAAGUCCGCCUUGAGAUCGUGUUCGCCGCUCCAGACGGCGGGAGCUCGACGAAGGCGCGCCUGCCGAAAUCGGGUCACCUCACCGGUUGCAACUGGGGUGUGGUGAACUCGGAAUCUUUGCCGGGAGGAAGCAUCUAUUGGUACGACCUGGCGGUGACGGUGGGUGGGCAAUGCCUCGUGCAGCCCCAUUCUGGGCGCGCACUGGCGGGCCGCCUGCUGGCCGUCAUGGGCCCCUCUGGCGCGGGGAAGUCUUUGCUGCUGCACUCACUCGCUGCGCUGGCGCCGGCACACGCAAACGUGACGGGCAGAGUUUGCAACGGCAAUGGUGCUGAGGUUGGGGUGCCAGAUGGUACCAUGGCGCUUCUGGAGCAGGAGGUGCCCUUCUUCUCCGAGCUCACGGUGCGGGAGACCGUGAUCUUCGCCGCCCGCCUGGAGGGCCGGUCUGCCUGCGUCAGCGCGGCGGACCAGCUUCUGAAGAGGCUCAGGUUGGAAAGCGUCGCCCAGCGUCGAGUCGGGGAGCGCUACAUUGGAAGCUCAGGCCAAGGCUUGUCUGGCGGUGAGCAACGUCGCCUGGCUCUUGCCUGCGCGCUGGCUGGCGAGGGCAACGGGGCGCCCCGUGCACUGCUGGCAGACGAGCCCACCACUGGUCUGGACACCUUCCAGGCGGGGGACCUCGUCCAACUGCUGGCGGACUUGGGCAAGGCCCGGAACUGCGCCACCUUGAUGACAAUCCAUCAGCCCAGAUCAUCAGUCUGGGCCAUGAUCGAGGACGUUCUGCUUUUGGGGCCAGGCGGGCGCUGUGUCUUCUGCGGCCCCACGGAGGAUGUUUUAAGCCACGUGGGACGCCUGGGCUACGAGUGCCCCCGGGAGAAGGUGAACCCUGCCGAUUUCCUCAUCGACCUCAUCUCGGUGCACAGCGAUGCUGGCGAGGCACAAAAGGACCACGAGCGCAUCUCCAGGCUCGCGGAGGGCCAAGUACAGCAAGGUGAAGCUCCCAAGCAGAAGACGUCAAAGACGCCAAGGGUGAGGACGCCGCAGGGUGGCAAGCUGCUGUUGCUGCUGCGCCGUGCUUGGCUCCAGAUCUCUAGGGACCAGGCUACAAACCUCUCGCGCCUUGGGGCCACUGCUGGCCUAGGCUUCAUCUUCGGAGCUCAGUUCGGGCACUUCGACGAAGAGAAGCUGACAGCGGUGUCAGUCACCUCUCGGGUGGGUUUGCUGUCUUUCGGGGCUAUUUCCAUGGCCUUCAUCGGCGAGAUGAGGGCAUUGGAUCGCUUCGCCAAGGAAAAGAAAGUGGUGGGCCGCGAACGUGCCGCGGGCUUCUACGACGGCUUCACCUACCUUGUCGCCAAGGCUGUGGCGGAGCUCCCGUCGGAUGCACUGUUUGCUGCCCUCUUCGCCUGGGUGUUGCACCAGCGCUGCGGCCUGCGUGUGCCGGUGACAAGCCUCAUGGCCGCCUGCGCCUUGCUGGCGGUGGUUUGCGCGGCGCUGGGUCUGGCCGUAGGCGCUGCGAUCCCGAACGCAGACAGGGCCAUGAUCGCUGGCAUUCCCAUCAUGACGGUGCACAUGCUCACCGGCGUCAUCGACCCUGCGGGCGCCGCUGCAGCCCAGCCCAGCAGUGCCAUGGUGAUGCUGCGUAGCAUCUCACCGAUCCGCUACGCCAUCGAGGCGCUGUGCGUGCGGGAGCUGGAGGGCGCAGAGCUGGAGCCGAGCCCCGGGGAGGCGGUGCCGGGCUUGGCAGGGCGUUUCUUUGUGGUCGCCUUUCAGAUGAUGUCCAUGGAGGAAAUCCAGCAACGUCUCGCCGCGGUGGAGCAAGCCCUGGCGAAUGCAGGCGGCGAGCCUCGAAAGGCGGGCGGCGAUGCGCAGGUCAUGAAGAAAGUGGCGACAAGGCUGCAAGACUUUGAGUCCCAAAUCACCGCGCAGCUGUCCAACCUGCAGACCGACUUCGACAAGAAGCUGUCGCACGUGAGCCGCGGGGCGGGCUCCACCAAAGCAGCGGACGGCGCCGGUGGGGCGGCCGGGCUGGAUACCAUGGCGGAGGACCUGGAUCAGCUGAAAUACGACGUGGGCGAGCUCAAAGACCUACUGGGCAACAACAAGGGCGAGGUGAACCACAUCCGCCGCAUCGUCUUGGCCUGCGAGCGAGACAUGGAGGACUUCACUGCAGCCAUGGACGCCGUGAACGUGGACCUCGAUGAGAUGCGCGCCCGUGUGGACGCGACGCAUUCCAUCAUCACCAGCCGCCAACGAGUGGAGGCGACGAUGACGGCGGAGAUCUCUACGAUGCGACUGGACAUCGGAGAUAUCCAGGAGGCGCUCAAGAACCACGACAGUUGGAUGGAGGAUGUGUCCAGUACCUUGCAGCAGAUGCAGGAGAAGGAGGAGAACUUGACAGAGGACAUCAUCAACCUCAAGAAUGAGAUGAAUACCAAGCUCGACACCAAGGUGGACAACGUUGCCUGGAAGGAGGCCAACGACGAUCUGGAUGCAGCAGUGAAGACAGUUCGGGACAUGGUCUCGAGCCUUCGCCUCGACGUGGAUGCGAGGCGCCGCAAGGUGGACGAAAUCUUGGCCACGAUCCGCCACGACAUCACAGCCGUCGAGACCAAUCUUGAGGAGUCCAAGGCGAAGAUCACCAGCGACACCGACCAGGCCGUGAACGCCCUGAACGGCCGCAUUGACUUCACCAACAAGGACCUGGCGGCAACACAGGAGUCCCUGCACACCACGCAGAACUCCCUCAGCGACUGCUUCAACGAGGUGGCGGUGGUGCGCAGCGACCUGGAAAGGAACGUGGCGGACACCGAGGCGCGUCUGAAGAAUGACAUCCGUCAAAAGCAGCAGGAGGCCUUCGAAAAGAUCGGCGCGGUGGAGCAGCAGGCGGAGCUGAGGAGUGCAGAGGCGUCCCGGCGCCUGGGCGCCCUGGACCUGCGCAUGAGCGGUGUCCAGGGGGGCUUGGGCGAGCACAAGCGCGACAUCCUGAAGCUGCGGGAGGAGGUGAACGGGCUGACGGUAAAGAGCGCCAGCCAUGAGGUGGACAUCCAGAAGAACAGUGACGCCACCCGGAAGAUGGAGAAGCAGCGCAACAUGGAUGAGCAGAACUGGAAAGCGCAGAUGGAUGCAGUUCACGACGUGCUGGACACCAAGGUGAACGAGAAGCCCUUCGAGGACCUGAAGCACUGCACCGCAGCACUCACCCGGGGAGUGGUGAAGUUCGCCCAGGUGGUGGGAGUCUUCCCUGGCCCCAAGUUCGAUGAUGCCGACGGUGCGGACCAGGGGGAGGCGGAUGUGGAGCUGCUGGGAUGGGAGGAGUGCGCUGAGAACAUGUCCUUCCGCGUGGACAAGGCCUGGCGCCAGCGCUGCUCCCAGCGCUUCCGCAACAUCUUGGACAUGGUGGCGAAGAAGGCGGACCACAGCGUCCUGCGCCUCCUGCAGAUCUCCCAGCAACACAUCGAGAGCCAGCUGGAGCGGGUCAAGCACGAGCGCGAGUUGUGGAAGGAGGUGGUGGAGCGUCGCCAGCAGCAGCCGCUGCAGCUCGCCCUCUCCAUGAAGGCGGGGAAGUUGGGGGGCGUGGCCUUCCUGCGCUCCGGGGAUGUGUUCAUCGAGCGCCUCGGCAUCACGCGGAGCUAUGAGAAGUCGUUGCAAUGCCUGGGCCUCUUGCUGCUCUUCCACCUGCUGCUCGCUGCAGUGUUGCUGGCCGCGCUGCAGCCGCGCUUCCAGCGUGCCAGGCCGCCGAAGCGGACGCUGGUGCUUCCGAGCUGA